AAUAAUGUGAUGUUGUAUUAUAAAUAUAAAUAAAUAAAUUAUUUUCAGUCACGUGCGCUUGGGAUUACACUAACAUGUUCUACGGUAACAACGGCUCCCUCAUGUGCUUAAACGAUCCAAACACUCACGUAGCCUUCGUAGAGAUGCAGGACAUAAGAGCACAAAUCAGGGCCCUCGGUCUUCAGGAGUCCAGUUUCAGAGCUUUGUGUUCGAACAACUCGCUGGCUUGGUCAGCAGGCGUGGUGGUGCCCGAUGACUGCCUCAUAGCACACGUUGUGGAUGCAGAGAUCCUCACCAGAAGAAACGACCCACACUUCAACAGCUUGGGCUCCCUCCUCGACUCUAUUGAAGAAUUGUUCGGUUACAACGUUAUGACGGCGGAACAGCUGAUAAACUUCCGCGUAUACUCGCCCUUCGACGGGGUCAGUGACCUAUUAUUCAAGGACACCACCAAUGGUCUUACGGCACCCACCUUGGAGACCGGACACCAACCAGCUAGGAACUAUAUAGAGAUGUUUAGACAUCUCGACGCUUGCACCAGUUCGGCUCCAACUACCCCCGCCCCUGGAAGCGCUAAAAGAAUUUAUAUUUCAUUCUUCACUUUAGCUAUGAUGGCUCUCACCGCUCGUAUGAUGGCCGACUAAUAAAUUUUAAUAAAAGCAACAAGUAUUUAUUGUGUAUUCAAUACGGCAUUGUAUAAGAACUAAAUUACAUUUGCCAAUUUUUAAAAAACGUGACAGAUGAUACAAUAAGU